AUGGCUGUGGAUUUUUCGAGCGACUCGCCUCUGGCGAUGCAGCUGCAACAGGUAGUCCAGCCCAAGCUCGCUGAGUUUGGAUGGACGACUGGCGGCGAAGACACGACGCUUUUCGAGUACAUUCUCCUUAUGCUGGCCAACGACAAGAACGAAGCGCAGGUCGCAUCAGAACUCUCAAAUGAUUUGCUCGACCUGGGUCCGGAGAACACAGAGACACAGCAGUUUGCGCAGUGGUUAUUCGAGCAAAUCGAGCACCUGAAGCAGUCGAGCGGCGGCAAUGCACAGGUCUCGCAGUCAGUCGAAAACCAGAUGGACGGCUCAUCAAACGACAACAUGGCGGCAGCGCAAGAUACAGACAUGGAAGGCGCGUCAGAAGGACAAGGCAAUAUGUAUGAUACCACCCCAAUUUCCCGCCGCUUUGGCGCAGCCACUUGUGCGAGAAAUCGCUCAAAGGAGACCACGCAAGCGCGCAAAUGCCGAUCUGAGGCCAACGCAAAGCAUGCGAUGGCUCUUCUGCGCUCACAAUCCUUCGCGUGCCACAAUGACCAGAUUCUAACUGUGAACAGUCCUACAGGUCCCAAGGCUAUGCGUAAUGGUAGCGGCGCCCAAGCAGCACGUCCAGCGCGCGGCGGUCGAAUGCUCAAUCAGCUUAACAAGAACAUGGACCGCAACAACGACUCAGUAUUACAUCGCGUACGUGGCGCCGGCGGCGGCGUUGGAAGAGUGAACGCACACGCCCGUGAUCCACCGAAAGGCCCACGAGGCCAGAACAUUGGUCGCGGAAUGGAAGCCAUGGCCAACGGUCGUGGUAUGGGCAAUGCCAACAUGAACAUGGGGCAAAACAACGCUGGUAUGAAUGGUAUGGGAAUGGGCGGUAUGCCAGGAAUGCCUAUGCCGGGAAUGGGCGGUCAGAACAACAUGCCAGGCAUUGGCCUAAACCCGCAACAGCAAAUGGCGCUCAUGCAGAUGUACGAGCACCAGGCGCAAAUGAUGCAACAGAUCUUCUCCGGCGGCCAGCCAGCUGGCUUCGUCAACCCCAACUUCCACAACAACCGUAAUGGACCUAAGAAGCCAUUGCACCAACGUAUAGAUCGGUCACACCAGGGCGGCAGAGGCAUGAACCCGAACGCCAAAACUUUCCAGAAGAAGGAGGGCGAGGACGAGACUAUGGCUGAUGGCCCAGCUGGAGAGAACGGCAGCGGUAUGGACGUCGAAAUGCCUUCUGGGCGACCAGAUCCGUCUUCCACCAUGUGCAAGUUCAACCUGCGAUGCAGCAACCCCGACUGCCACUUUGUCCACCAGUCUCCCGCCGCGGCACCUGGCACACCUGUCGACAUGAACGAUACGUGUGAUUUUGGAGCGGCGUGUAAGAACAAGAAGUGUGUUGGCAAGCAUCCAUCGCCCGCACAGCGACAAAAGUUCCAGUCAGAGCAGGAGUGUGCAUUUUGGCCCAACUGCCGCGAUCCCUCAUCCUGCCCUUACAAGCACCCUACUGCGAAGCCAUGCCACAACGGCGCCGACUGCACAGUGGAAGGUUGCAAAUUUGGCCACAGUGCCAUUAUGUGCAAGUUCAACCCGUGUUUGAACCCCCGCUGCUUGUAUAAGCACGAGCCCGGUCAAAAGAAGAACACGACCAAUGUUUGGGUUGCUCCUAAAGAGGGUGAACAUGUUAGCGAGAGGAAAUUUGUUGACGAUGAGCAAAAAGAGGAGCUUAUCAUCCCUAACAAGGACCAGGAAAUGCAACAGGCCCCGGCGAACGAGAGUGUGGAUGUGCAGUCAUAG